GCUUGUUGAAGCGAACGUGCAGCAAUAGCACGAACGGGGUCGGUCCAAAUUUUGAUUGUGCCCGUUCUCCGAUUAAGAACAUCGUCUAAUGCUCUGCACCUUCUGCACGACAUACACAUCGGCGGUGGGUGUGUUUCUGCCUUUGCUCGUCCUCUCGAAAAUUAUGGCGGGGUCGGCUGAGAGAUUGUUCCCUCUGGUCACGGACAGCUUGCUACAACGAAGCUCAUACGAUGAGUGAGCGAAUUUGUCGUGGGUGAUAAUUAAAGGCGAAAAGAAUGCAGCAAACGAGCGAGCGAGCGAUCACGGGAUUGGAUUGGGUAAGGGUUAACUUCAUCGUCCUCUUGGAAGCCCGAGAGUCCAGACACGACAAACCUCCUCUCCAUUCUUCCUCUCUGCUGCUGCCAACUACCGUCGGACGGUUCGGCAGAUCACUGGAGGCCUGAACAGAUGUGUAGAAAAAUCUUCCGUUGGCGAAGAAUUCCCAGGGCUAAUAAAAGAAAAGAUGAUGUUGUCGCUGAAAAAAAGGUUCACGAACCGCACGCUCGGCUGUGCUGCCAAAAGGGAAACAGUGGAGUGGACAAGACAAGAAGACCCACGUCAAACAAAACCUCGAGGCAGUGCAUCGAAAAUGUCCAGUCCACUGGAUCCGAUCGGCCGAUGCUUACCACCACCUCAGUGUUCGAGUGAGACGAAGAUCCAGCUCCUGAUCUAGACUAGCUAGCUUUGACUUUGGCGUUCUUCCGGGGCUUUAGGAGUUGCAUGUUUGGAUUGAGUUUCGGUCAAUAACCUCACGCGAGAGACACAACGGUGAAAGAGACUCUGGUCAUCGCUUUCCCAUCAUCAUAUUCAGUUCAUCUGACCAAAGGAUGUUAUGACUAACAACACUCAUCAUGAGUUGAAAAGGGAGGGAGAGAGAGAGAUUGUUGUGGAGUGAAUCCCGGAUCUUGCCCUCCAUUAUACAAAACAGGGAGUACAAAGUUCUCAUUGCCACAUUAUAAAGUUACCGAACCAUGUUAAACACGAGCACCUCGAUGAAGAAACAACUUCAGGAGAUUUAAGCCCGCGAUGGGGAAUGUUUCGAUUCCCGCCUUUCUCAUCACUUCUCGUGUCCCAAGGGCGAUGAGAGGCGAGGGGUUUCUCGAGAAAUGAUCAUUCUCAUCAUUGAUCUUGAUCUAGUUCGGCAACUUUACAUGGGAUGAUGAAACCGAUAACAUCCAUAUUCUGGUUCUACUUUCAUCUCCUCAGGUGAACUGCUCAUCCCAAGACAAUACUUCACUCCCGUAGGAGAGAACGGGGAAGACUUUGUUUGAAUUGCAUCGAAAUGUAUCAACAAUGAAUCCAUUUAGUUACGGGAGAAAUAAAGGCAUAAGGUCAACUGCCCUAUCACAGGUCAAGAUUAUGAAUGUCACUUUUGUUGCAGCUUCUGCCUUUAUUUGCAAACGCAAGUGGCUGUCAGCUCAUGAGUAAAGACUGGACACGAAUAUCAAGUCAAGAAACACCGACUGGUUCCUCCAACUCCACGAAGAAAAAAAACUCACACUCACAAUGCAGUCAAAUUGUGUGCUUUCAAAUAUUGAGGUGAUGAAGAAGAUUAUUCACCUCCCUGAGAAUAAAGACCAAUGAUAAGUUUUAACUCGAGGGUAACUGGGACCAAAAAAAUUGCUCGACAGGAGCACUCUACUGAUAAGAUGUACAACCCAUCGCUGUUAACAGAGACUAAUCAGUCUACCGAUCAUCUAUCCCCACUGACUUUUAUACUAGCUACUGAAGUUCACAAAAAGGACAGUCCUGAAAGCAAUCUGAUCUGGAGCAACCACUUUACCCUUAGGACAAAUGGGCUGUCUAUGACUCAAAAUGGUGGGUUGGUGUCACAGGGAAUAAGAGUUUGAGAGCCUUUUGGCCCACAGCUGUUCCGCAUCUUCCAUCCUGUAUUUGUGCUCAAUAUUGAAUUUGUUCAGCGUUUCUCACUUUGAGAAGUGGAACUGUGCUUCCCAAUAAAGUUGACACUCACCUUCCUUUUCCCGUAUCAUUACUCUCCUGUGUUACACCGUUCAUUGAUUUCCUUGGCUGAACCACAGAACUACAAAGCCCAUCUUCUUUUUCUCUUUCAAUCAAAUAUAGUCGAUCCCAGUCAUGCCUUUUCUUUCUUUAAGUUCGAAAUAGUGUCCCUUAACCUAUCUUUAGUUUGUCAAAAUAUUAUCCAAUUGAUACAAAUAUAGUUGGAAAUAUUCUCAAUGUAAUAUGUUUCUCACAGACACGGUGGCAAUCUGUACAACAUGGUUAGCUUUUACAGAACAUGGAGUUCAAGCUACAACCUUGUGACGUUUCUUGUGAUAAGUGGUAAAUGGUAAAAGAUCAAGCCCGGGGUCCCAAAGGGUCAAAAGGCUGAAAAACACAAUUGCUUUAAGAUUGUUAAAACCGUACAGAAAUGAAUAUUGGGCUGAAAAUAUGAUUGGGAAGUAUUACCACCCUUUGCUUUUUCAGUUGAAAAAGUUUGUUGUAAACAUUGCUCCUCGUCCGCAAGUAAGACUAUUGCUGACGCUCGUAUGAUGUGCAGAAGCGAGCUCUUUAGCAUCACGCCCCCUUCCACCUCGUUUCUCAAAUGCAGAAUGAAGUAAAAUAAAGCUGGAGUAUAGUUUCCAAGACAUGUUAUAAGCAUCGCGUUCCAGUCCUUCUACCGCACUCUCCAGACCUCCAGGCACGCAGACGGCGUCGAAAAAGAAUGAAUCCUAGAAAGAGAAGAGAGAUUCCUCAAGACAGGAUGCUACUGAGCCGAAGUUGGCGAGCGUCAUAAGUUGAAAUCGAUACUCUUUAUAGGACAGAAGUGCUGCAUCUCCGGGUACAGUACAUUAGACAGUCCUCAUCUCGUAGUUAAGUCAUCGGAUUGUGUCUUGCAAACGUGAUUACUGCAAUAUUUCGCGUUUGCUGUGUCUUACCACCAAAACUUCCCAACAACCGACGUGCAAUCGUUUCACAACGCACAAGCUUCAAAUCCCUUCUCUGACGUUUGCGUUGAUCGAACACAUCACCCUGAAUUCAAACCAGACCGCAAUUGAUGAAACAGAUUACGUGACGUUCAAUUGAGUGAGUCGUCGAGUGCAAGAGGAGAAGAGGAAGAUUCUUCCAUACGAGAAGAUAUGUGCUAUUGAAUAGCAGCCUGGCCCUGUAGAGUGCGCGACGACUUUUACUCUGCUACAAAACUGCUGCAAUAAAGAAGGAUGCAGUGGAGCACAACUCGAAGCUUGUAGGCAUGAAUGGUGGAAACAAAUCUGCAAGAAACCUAAAUGGUCUUCGGAGAAUCUUGGCCUCCUAUUAUUCCACAUUUGACCAGUCUUCCGCCUUUGCAUCAACACUUUUUACCGUUUGCUCUCUUCAUGUGACGCGGAUGUGGCCAGUCUGUGUUUAAACUUCAACGUUCGGAUAUAUUCCUUACUAUACCAAGCGAGAUCGACUUUUUCCCCUAUCCGCAGCAGUUCUUGCUGAUCUUAAAUUCUCGUCAGCAGAGGUUUUCAUUU